UCGCGUCCCGCCUACGGACACUGGUCGGUGCGCAGGCGCCCUUCCUAGUCGUGCUUUGCAUCCUGUAAACAGAGGGCCCUGCUGGGGACAACUUCUGCUUCCGGGUCACGCCUUGACAGCGGCUUUCAAGAGCCAGCUCAGCCCCGCGGUUCGGCAGUUUGGAGCAUGUGAACAUAAUCUGAGCCUUGAUGAGUUCCAGUAUGUGGUAUAUUAUGCAGAGUAUUCAGAGCAAAUACUCUCUCUCAGAGCGCUUGAUCCGAACAAUCGCUGCCAUUCGGUCCUUCCCACAUGAUAAUGUAGAGGACCUCAUCAGAGGGGGAGCAGAUGUGAACUGCACCCACGGCACACUGAAGCCCCUGCACUGUGCCUGCAUGGUGUCAGAUGCUGACUGUGUGGAGUUACUCCUGGAAAAAGGAGCCGAGGUGAAUGCCCUAGAUGGUUACAACCGAACAGCCCUCCACUAUGCAGCUGAGAAAGAUGAGGCUUGUGUGGAGGUUCUGUUGGAGUAUGGUGCAAACCCCAAUGCACUGGAUGGCAACCGAGACACUCCACUCCACUGGGCAGCCUUUAAGAACAAUGCUGAGUGUGUGCGGGCCCUCCUAGAGAGUGGGGCCUCUGUCAAUGCCCUGGAUUACAACAAUGAUACCCCGCUCAGCUGGGCUGCCAUGAAGGGAAAUCUUGAGAGCGUCAGCAUCCUUCUUGAUUAUGGGGCAGAGGUCAGAGUCAUCAACCUAAAAGGCCAGACACCUAUCUCCCGCCUGGUGGCUCUGCUAGUCAGGGGACUUGGAACUGAGAAAGAGGACUCUUGCUUUGAGCUCCUCCACAGAGCGGUUGGACACUUUGAAUUAAGGAAAAAUGGCACCAUGCCACGAGAAGUGGCCAAAGACCAGCAGCUAUGUGAAAAACUGACUGUUCUGUGCUCAGCCCCAGGAACACUAAAAACUCUCUCGCGCUACGCUGUGCGCCGUAGCCUGGGACUUCAGUAUCUGCCAGAUGCGGUGAAGGGCCUUCCACUGCCAGCUUCUCUGAAGGAGUACCUGUUACUCGUAGAAUAGGCUGGAGGAGAUAUUUGCAUCAUCCACGUAGAGAACUCUGGGUGAGGCUUUUGCCUGUAGUACUGUCUGUCUGUCCUGAAAACAGGAAAAGCUGUUGUUCCUGUUGUGCGGUUUCUAUUUCAAGGCAACGUGUCCCAACAGUAACAUCUACAUCACCUCCCCUCCCCAAACCAACAACCAAACAACAACAAAAUCCCCCACUUUUGUUUUCUGUUUAUUGCUUUCAUGGCUUUUUAUAUUGUACUCUGCAAAAGAAGAGGUCUCCCCCACCAACCCCUUUAGGGAAAAAGUCAACAGUGCAACUGAAUUUCUCUAGGGAGAUGGAGAGUAUUUAGAAGGUGUGUUUGGUUUUCCUUUGGGGACAUGAUUAAUGUUCAGAAGAAUCCUUCUAGAAGCAUUUUAGUUGAUCUGUGAAGAAGUUUAAGAAAAUUUCAGCUAACAAUUUCAGCCCAAAGAUGAAGAUACUACAACGUCAAAUGGUGUGCAGAUUCAGAACUGGGCUGGAUGACAGCCCUAGAGGGCCACAUCAGGGGGCGUUCGGAAGAGACUGGCUCCCCUUCUCGCCAUCCAGCAGCCUUUGCCUCUUUUCCACGGGUGUGCCCAAGGGUUACAGUUCAGCAAGUUCAUUUCAGAAAGAUUGUCUUGCUGCUUUCCACACAGUAGAAGUGACAGCAGGUUCUGAGCAGUCCUAAGAACUUUUCUUCUAGCGCAGUUCUCUCUCUUCCUGAAAGCCAGUUUGCCCUAAUGGCUUCGCCGGCAUUUCCGGAACCACAGGCAGAGCAAUCUGCUCUAGGGGAGGAGAGGGGCUGGCCUGCCUUUUCCUGUGGUCUUCAUUCUCCACAGGAAGCUCUGCUAAGAAUUUGGAGUUAUUUUUCUUUCUGUUGUUUUGGAACCUUUGCUUUUUACUGAUCUAUACAAGGCGUUGGUGGAGGGGGUAGACUUGGGGAGUGGGGCAAGAGCAUUCUAAGAGCUGCUUUUGAGAUGGCCCACCUACCCCGAAAGGAUCUACUUUAGUGAACUAUACUUAGUCAACAAUACUCUUCCUUUUCAUGUUCCUAAACUAGAUCAAAUUAUUACUGAUCUUAGAUGACCUGUAUGCAAAUUUGAAAAACUUUUCUUUUUUUACAACUGAUUGGGAACUACAAAUAAAAAUGAACGGAGUCUGCUGACACAGCUAAUUUGAAAAA